CGGUGUUGGCAGCGAGCGAGGGCAGAGUCGUUGACGGUGGCCGUCGGUUUCGACACGAGUUACCGUGACAAGUGCAUUACUUAUCGCACGUCGAGCGAGUACACAUUGGGACGCGACAGGUCGAGCAUUUCGACAACCGCGCAAACAAACGGCUUUUUCCCUCUUUUCUCGCUCCUUUGCUUUUUUUUCCCUCCCCCCACCCCGUUCGACUUUUUUUCUUUUCCCUCCGCAGACCCUGUUUUUUCCCGAGCGUUUUCCAGGCGCAUCGCGCUUCAACCGUGGUUGUUGGCUCUCGCUCGGACAGCUUACUCUUCCCUGGCAAGGGUCGGGCUCGCUCGCAUACGCGCGUAACAGGCAAGUCGACUGACCUCCCGCGAGACAGUCUCGAGGAACAGUCGGCCGAGGUUCGCGCGUUCCGAGGGAAGAGUGGGUCCGAUAGUGCGCCAGCCGCCAAUCGGACAACCACAAAUUUCUGCUUCGAUCAUUAUCUAGGAGGAUCGGCUAGUUGACGGACGCGAUGGCGGACGACGAUGCGAACAACACGUGCGAGGAUUCCCUCGGGCCUGGCGAUGCGACCACCGCGUUCGCCAAGAAAAUUCGCGGACGAAAGGGUGCCCUCAAGAAAAAGAAUGUCUACGUCGUCAAGAAUCACAGCUUCAUGCCUCGUUUCUUCAAGCAACCGACGUUCUGCAGUCAUUGCAAGGACUUUAUAUGGGGUUUCGGGAAGCAGGGGUACCAGUGUCAAGUCUGCAGUUUCGUCGUUCAUAAACGAUGUCACGAGUACGUGACCUUCACGUGCCCCGGCGCCGACAAAGGAGCUGACUCGGACGACACGCGGACGAAGCACCAAUUCAAGCAACACACCUACAACAGCCCCACCUUCUGUGACCACUGCGGUAGUCUUCUCUAUGGUGUCAUCCACCAGGGCAUGAAGUGCCAAGCAUGCGACAUGAACGUUCACAAGAGAUGCGAGGAGAGCGUGCCGAAUCUUUGCGGAUGCGAUCACACCGAGAGACGUGGUCGUAUAAACUUGCACAUCUCGUGCUCCGGAAGCAAGCUCACCGUCGAAGUGAAACAGGGACGAAAUCUGAUUCCGAUGGAUCCAAACGGCUUGUCGGAUCCGUACGUGAAGCUGAAGUUGAUCCCGGAUUCGGACAACGUGAAGAAGAAAACGAAGACAAUCAAGUCGUCGCUGAACCCCGAGUGGAACGAGACAAUCAUUUUCGACCUGAAACCCGAGGACAAAGACAGGCGACUGUUGAUCGAGGUCUGGGAUUGGGAUCGAACGUCGAGGAACGACUUCAUGGGCUCCCUGUCGUUCGGUAUAUCGGAGCUCAUCAAAGCGCCGGCCACCGGCUGGUUCAAGCUCCUCACGCAGGAGGAAGGAGAAUUUUACAACGUACCUGUGCCGGAGGAGGGUGUGGAUCUUGCCGAGUUGAAGAUGAAAGUGCGAAAGACCUCGGUGACGAGAAAAACCACCGCCACUCAGGACAAGGAGGUGCCGCACAACAUGGGCAAGAGCGACUUGAUAAGAGCCAGCGAUUUCAACUUCCUGAUGGUGCUCGGCAAAGGCAGCUUCGGCAAAGUGAUGCUGGCGGAGAGGAAAGGUACCGACGAGCUCUACGCCAUCAAGAUCCUGAAGAAGGACAUCAUAAUACAGGACGACGACGUGGAAUGCACCAUGGUGGAGAAACGCGUUUUGGCAUUGUCGAGCAAGCCGCCGUUUUUGGUGCAGCUGCACUCCUGCUUCCAAACCAUGGAUCGACUCUACUUUGUGAUGGAGUACGUAAACGGUGGCGAUUUGAUGUAUCAGAUACAGCAGUGCGGCAAGUUCAAAGAACCGGUGGCAGUAUUCUACGCUUCCGAAAUAGCGAUCGGUCUCUUCUACCUUCACGGCCGUGGCAUCGUCUACCGAGAUCUAAAGCUGGACAACGUUCUGCUCGAUCAGGACGGCCACAUCAAGAUCGCGGACUUUGGAAUGUGCAAGGAAGGCAUCACCGGUGACAAGACCACCAAAACGUUUUGCGGAACACCUGAUUACAUCGCCCCGGAGAUUAUAUUGUACCAGCCGUACGGCAAGUCGGUCGAUUGGUGGGCAUACGGCGUGCUGUUGUACGAAAUGUUGGUCGGUCAGCCGCCGUUCGACGGAGAGGACGAAGAGGAGCUGUUCGCCGCCAUCACCGAGCAUAACGUCAGCUAUCCAAAGAGCUUGUCGAAGGAAGCCAGAGAGAUUUGCAAAGCGUUUCUCACCAAGAACCCGGUCAAGAGACUCGGGUGCGGGCUACGCGGCGAGGAGGACGUCCGCAGUCACGCGUUCUUUCGGCGGAUCGACUGGGAGAAGAUUGAAAAUCGAGAGGUGCAACCACCGUUCAAACCAAAGAUCAAACAUCGCAAGGACGUGAGCAACUUUGACAAACAGUUCACCUCGGAGAAGACGGAUCUGACGCCCACGGACAAGUUGUUUAUGAUGAACCUGGAUCAAACGGAGUUUAUGGGCUUCUCGUUUCUCAAUCCAGAAUACGUGCAACACGUUUAAGUCGAUAGAGU